AUGACUAUCAUGCGAAUCCGGAAGCUGCGGAUCGAUGAAGGUGACUCGAACUGGGGACGGCUCCUGCGGCUCAGUUUAUGGCAAGUGGCCAUCGCUCAUCCGUCCUUCAUGCCCCCUGAGGAGAUGUACCACGACUUUCCCUCCGGCGGUUGCCCGAUCCCUGGCUGCACAGACAACUGCGACCUAUUCCGCUUCCCCAAGCAGAGACCUGAGCACACGGGGGUGCUCGCACCCGCGUCAUCGAGCAGCGGGCUGCAGAAGCAGUACAGGCGGGCUGCUGAAGAAGUACGGCAUCGAUACGGGGGCAGGGCGCGGGCAAGGGAGAUGUGCAACUGGAUCGAGUGCAGAAGGUGCUUCUCUGACGACGCAGCAGGCACCGCUGCAUUCGCAUUGAAUGGGAGCACCGGGGAGGGCAGCGUGACGGGCAGCGAGGCGAGCAAGGAGAGGGGCGAACCUGAUAACGAGCCCGCGAAAAGAUAUAGAGACACACCUGCAACCACCGCCGUCAGAGUAGUCGACGCGGUGGAACGUAAACAAGGCCGAAAGAGGGUAUCUGCCAUGACCACGUCAGCCAUCAUUCAAGCGGGGCUACCCGUACAGAACAACGAGGAGUUCGCGAAGAUAUGGAGCAUGAUCCACAUGUUCGCAAACCCCUCGGAAAGGAUAGACAUACCUUGA